UGUAUAAUUGCAGUUCAUCCUCUUCACAGCAACGUGGGGAUUGUUUCAGGCAACCAGGAAAGCAAGCUAGGCUUUCUUCAGGAAAUCAAUGUCAACUAUGUUUGCCUCUCUUCUGUUGAUUCUGCUGCAUGUGCUCCAAUCAGUGUCGACAUCGACAAUGGAAUAUCAUAACACAACUGAUGAGAACAUCUUGCUAGCAUUCAAGGCAGGCCUAAGCAACCAGAGUGAUGUCCUAUCUUCAUGGAAAAAAAGCACAGAUUUCUGUCAGUGGCCAGGUGUGCUUUGCAGCCUUAAGCAUAAACACAGGGUCACAGUGCUUAACCUCUCCUCAGAGAGCCUUGCUGGCACAAUCUCCCCUUCCAUUGGGAACCUCACAUUCUUGAAAAUUUUAGACCUCAGUGGGAACAAUUUGGAUGGUGAAAUACCUUCAUCAAUUGGCCGUCUAGCUCGAUUACAAUUUCUUGAUUUGUCCAACAACUCACUCCAUGGCGACAUAACCUCUGACUUGAAAAACUGCACCAGUCUUCAGGGCAUCAGUCUUAAAUCAAACUACCUCACCGGAGAAAUCCCUGCUUGGCUUGGAGCCCUACCAAGUCUCAAGCUCAUAUACCUGCAGAAGAACAGCUUCACUGGAUCCAUCCCGACCUCCCUUGCGAACCUCUCGUCGCUGCAAGAAAUCUAUCUCACCAUGAAUCAACUUGAGGGCACCAUCCCUGAGGGUUUUGGUAGGCUCAGUGGUCUCAAGAACAUUCAUCUGGGUGUAAACCACCUCUCAGGCAUGAUCCCAACAAGCAUCUUUAAUAUUUCCUCGCUAAGUUGCUUCGGUGUACCCAUGAACCAGUUGCAUGGUUUGCUCCCCUCUGACUUGGGGAUUCACCUACCAAAGCUCCAGUACCUCCUCCUAGGCUAUAACCACUUUACAGGAAGCCUUCCAGCCUCUAUCGCCAAUUCAACUGAGAUAUAUUCCCUCGACAUAUCGUUCAACAACUUCAGUGGAAGCAUACCUCCAGAGAUUGGAACACUUUGCCCAGACUUCCUCUCAUUUGAUACAAAUCAGCUCAUAGCAACUACUGCUGAAGACUGGAAAUUCAUGACAUUCUUGACAAACUGCACACGCCUGCGUAUUCUUGACCUCCAGGACAACAUGCUAGGUGGCGUGCUGCCAACCUCUGUUUCCAACCUUUCAGCACAACUCCAACUACUAUAUGUUGGAUUCAACAAGAUCUCAGGAAAUAUACCAUUUGGCAUCAGCAACCUGGUUGGGCUAAAUCAAUUGCAACUCGCUAAUAACCAAUUUACUGGUACCUUGCCUGAUAACAUUGGAAGGCUAAGUUUUCUACAUCUCUUGGGCAUCGAAAAUAACCUAUUGACAGGGUUCAUUCCAUCAUCAGUGGGGAAUUUAACACAGCUCUUACGUCUUUCCAUGGAUAACAACAUGCUUGAGGGACCUCUCCCAACAAGCAUAGGGAACCUGCAGAAGAUAACUCUAGCCUUAUUUGCACGCAAUAAAUUUACAGGACCAUUGCCCAGAGAGAUCUUUAACUUAUCUUCCCUGUCAUAUGCUCUGGUUUUGUCAGGGAACUAUUUUGUUGGUCCUCUUCCUCCUGAAGUUGGCAGCUUGACAAAUCUUGCAUACUUGUACAUAUCCAGCAACAACUUAUCAGGGCCACUACCUAACGAACUUAGUAAUUGCCAAAGCUUGAUAGACCUCCGGUUGGACCAAAACUUAUUCAGUGGUAACAUCCCAGAAACUCUCAGCAAACUGCGGGGCUUGACAUCGCUGACUUUAACCAAAAACACACUCUCAGGAGUGAUUCCUCAAGAGUUGGGCCUCAUGGAUGGCAUGAAAGAAUUGUAUCUUGCACACAACAACUUAUCUGGUCAUAUCCCAGUAAGCAUUGGAAACAUGACAUCAUUGAACCGUCUAGAUCUCUCUUUCAACCAUCUUGAUGGUGAAGUUCCAUCAAAGGGAGUGCUCAGUAACAUGACAGGGUUCGUAUUUAAUGGGAAUUUGGGGCUCUGCGGUGGUAUCCCAGAAUUAGGCUUGCCCCCAUGUCCGCCAGUGUCCAUGGGACACAGCCUAAGGAAAAGUCAUCUUGUCUUCAGAGUAGUUAUCCCAAUUGUUGGCACCAUUCUGUUCUUAAGUUUGAUGCUUGCUAUCUUUGUCUUAAGAAAGAAACCAAAAGCUCAAUCUAAAAAGACAAUAGGAUUUCAAUUGAUAGAUGAUAAGUAUCCUAGAGUUUCUUAUGCUGAGUUGGUCCAAGGAACAAAUGGCUUUGCCACAGACAGCUUGAUGGGAAGAGGAAGAUACGGAUCAGUGUAUAAGUGUGGUUUGCUGCUAAAAAGUAUGAUGACCACGGUUGCUGUGAAAGUGUUUGAUCUUCAACAAUCUGGUUCUUCCAAAAGUUUUCUAGCUGAGUGUGAGGCACUAAGUAAGAUCCGCCAUCGUAAUUUGAUUAAUGUCAUAACUUGCUGUUCAAGCACUGAUAUAAAGCAGAAUGACUUCAAGGCCAUUGUUUUUGAGUUCAUGCCUAAUGGGAGCCUGGAUAGGUGGUUACAUCUAGAUGUGACGGCAUCACAACCACCACAAGGUUUGACACUGAUCCAGAGAUUGAACAUUGCCGUUGAUGUUGCUGAUGCACUAGAUUAUUUGCACAACAACUGCGAUCCACCCAUAGUUCACUGUGACUUGAAGCCAAGUAACAUUCUUCUUGAUGAAGAUUUAGUUGCUCAUGUUGGUGACUUCGGCCUUGCAAAGAUUCUUGCUGAUUCAGAAGGUGAACAACCGAUUAAUUCAAAGAGCUCUAUUGGAAUACGAGGAACGAUUGGAUAUGUCGCUCCAGAGUAUGGGGAAGGCGGGCAAGUUUCUCCCUGUGGAGACGCGUACAGCUUUGGAAUUGUCAUCCUCGAGCUGUUUACAGGCAUGGUACCUACUCAUGACAUGUUCAGAGAUGGGUUAACCUUGCAGAAGCAUGUCAAGAACGUAUUUCCAGGAAUUCUUAUGAAGAUUGUCGAUCCAAUACUACUGUCUAUUGAAGGAGUUUAUACAAGUAAUUUGCCCCCUGGAAGAAAUGCAAUGGAACAUAUGAACCAUGCCAUAUUGUCUAUCAUGAAAAUAGCUCUCUCAUGCAGCAGACAGGCACCAACAGAGAGGAUGAGGAUCAGAGAUGCAGCAGCAGAUUUGCGCAGGGUAAGGGAUAGCCAUGUAAGAGGAAAUGAGGAGCAUCUAGAACUGUGCAGUGAUGUCACUAAUCUAGCCAGUGCUUGACAAAACAUAGAACACACCUACCAAUGGGCUUCGGCAUCUCUUUUCCUACUCUACAAGGUGAAAAGAAAUUUCAUCUCAAUAAUAUUGGUCCGGCACAUGGGGCGAACGCAAAAGUGAAUUUGGAUUUAACAUUGUUGGAUUUUUGAUUUAUUAACAAAUCAGGAAUAUACUGUAUGCAAUUCAAUCUUUA